GGUUAUCGCUGGACGGCAAGCGGUGGGCGAGAGAUGCACGCUGCAAGUGUGGCGUGACUGGCGGCGUCUUGUUUAGUAUUGCGGUGCCGUUCCGUGUUCUUCAGCAGGGGCGCCGCGUGCUGCUUGUCGCACAACGGGCACGUUGAAGAGCCGAGGGUGGAGAGCAGUGCAGGCGGCAGAGGCACAAAAGAAGCAGAGCGAAUCACUGAUUGGGAAUGGGAAUGCUGCCGGGCAUUUUCAAUGUGCAUCAAUCGAUGUUAUUGUAUUGCAAGCACGGAAUGCAGCGUGUUUGGACGCAGCAUAGGCUUCAUAUGCGCCAGGCAUGUUACGUGUCGUUUUUAAUUUGCGGUGUUUUUGCUUGCCGGUUUUCUUACACCGAAUUGGCGGAUGGACCAGUGAAGCUGAGGCGCAGCACUUGGUGCCGUACCUGGAACUGGAACUGGAACUGGCUGCCUUUUUUUUUUUUUUUUUUUUUUUUCCCCCUUCCCAAGCCGUGCUCGUGUAAGCCAUAUUACCACAUCCCAUCGAGAUAUAAUACUAUUAGUCCGCAGGUGAAUGCGGUGGAGGGAUUUGCAUGUCCGAGCUAGGCGGGAGAGCAGCCGGUUUCUGCUAGCCGGAGUGGCACCGCACCGCAGCGCCAGGCC